GAGAACGCAGUUCAAUUUGUCCGAAGCGCUCCAUCUCGCAUCACCGCCGCCGCCGCGAUGGCCGGUGGUCCAGGACAGGGGGAGGCUGGCGUUCGGACGCAGAUGGAGCCCCGCUCCGGGACCUGAGGGGGGGGUGGAGCCGUUCUGAAAGGGUGCUGAGCUUCUCGUAGGACCUUCGCUGCUGGCCUGCUCCCACCGCUCAUCACCCAUGGACCCUCUUCCCGAGUAUUCCCUGUUCCUGGGCAGGAUCCUGGAGGAACUGGACACCAAGCGCAACACCAUGACCUACCAGGAUCUGUGCCAAUCCCUGUGCGCCCGCUUCGACCUGGUGCACCUGGCCAAAAUCCGAAGCCUGCUGUUCUACACGGCCUGCCUGGACCCUGCCUUCCCGGCCACCCUCUUCAAAGAGAAAAUGUGCUGUUCCACCGAGGACGCGCUGUCCAAGAAACUCAUGGUGGCCGCCGACAUCGUCACCAUGUUCAACUUGAUCCAGGUGAACGGGGACAUGGCGAAAGACAGGCUCCCCGCAGCCCAUAAGCCCAAGACACACAAAAAACCGUUGGAGCUGCGCAGGUCCGACAGCGACGCCUUUAACGGGGAGGACUACGUCAGGAUAACCGGUUACGAGCACACGGAUCACCCCAGGGAUGGACAUCACCAUCACCAUCACCACGGCCAGCUCCAGCCGCCCCUGGAGGCUCGCUCUAACUCUUCCGAGUGCAAUAACUGCCAGUUUAUUCCCACCUCAGACCCCAACUUCCUUCUGCACGUCAGCAAAGAGCUGAAAUGUAGCACGGCCUCUCCGGACAAGCUGCACCACCUUCCCCAGAUCUCCGGCAGCAGUCCGCCCUCAGUGGCCUCCGACAUGCAGAGCACUUACUUCCCCAUGGAUAUCGACAGUGAGUCCGUCACCGAUCAGGAGUCCCUGCAGCCCAUUGGCCAUCCCGACAGCUUGGCUGUUUACUCCUGCACCCAGAAGAGGAAUGUCUUCAAGGAGGAUUUUCACAACCUUGUGGCAUUUUCACCAAAGGUUGUAACCAGUGAAUGUAAAAAAGGAAGUAAGGCUGGAGAUGGCUACCCCAGGAGGGACAUGCACAAGCCUGCUACCUUCUUCAACCGGAGCUUUGAGCUGCACUACAGUAACCCCUACUUUGAAUCUCCCGUCAACGCCCCGCUUCAUGACAGGCUGAGGGUCAAGCACGAAAGCCUGGACGAUUUACAGGCAUCCACGUACUUCGGUCCAACGACAGUGUCUGAGCACGUCACCAGCAAGAAGUACGCCAAAAAAGCCGGGAAGCAGCCGGCAUGGCCUGUGAAGAGUUUCAGCCUAAAUACGGAAGAGGGUCCGCAGGAUUUUGACAGACCUGUCCUAAACAGCAAAGUAUUUAAGGAAAAUCACCCCUGCAACAUCAGUGUGAUCAAUACUGACAGUGAGCAGCACUUUCAGUGCCCAAAGGAGACAGUGGUACACUCUCCUGGGUUUGGAAAAACAGCUAAUGGAAUAAAAAGCAAGAAUGUUGCAUUGAUGGCAAGAGGGCCCACGGGUUUAGACAAACAAGCUGCAGCCAAAAGACUUUGGGACAAAAGUAAGAAUGGCACAUUGUUUGAAGAUAGAGACAGCUCUAGUGUCGGUACCCAAACAGAGCAGGCUGAGCAGAAGAAGGAAAAGGACUACUUGUCCAAGUACCAUGACAGAGAGCGUCAUAACCUGAAACACUCUGAGAUGGACGCGGAGAUGAUUCGAGAUGAUAUUAGUGACAUCUUCCGUUUUCUGGAUGACAUGAGUGUUUGUGACUCUCUGGGCAUUGUUCAACCAUCGCAUCAUAACAGUAAUGGAUCUCUCUCUCAGGGAACACUGAAAUCAGAUGUUGAUAGCUCACCUGAGCGCAACACAGUGAAACUAGCCAAGUCCAAGCUGGACCGUCUCUUUAAUUCCCUGGAAAACACCGAUGAUGAGCUAAAGCUGAGUGUGUGUAAGCUUGUGAGGAGAAUCGGUGAGAUUGAGAAAAAGCUGGAGUCCUUGUCAGGGGUUCGCACGGAGAUCUCCCAGGUGCUUUCCAAGCUGAACAAGCUGGAUGAAAAAAUCCAGGAGCCCGAGACCAAUGAGAGGCACGGGGAGAAGACAUCAGGGUCGGAGUCUGGUGCCACCCCAGAUAAACCGCACCCCAACCCCAGCCCACUUUCAAGCAACCACCUUCCAUCUAAUGUUUUUCAAUGCCACACGACUGGCCACAAUGUGAAGCUGGAGCCGGGCCACACGGGGGAGUGGGUUCCCUCCGAUGAAAGUAAUAGUAACAGCCUCAGGUUGAAAGCUCCGAAGAGGACCACCUUCACAAGAAGGCCAUCCUGCUCGACCAAUGAGGAGAACUGUGCCAGCGAGCCAAAGGUCGUUAGCAUCACCAGCUCUGCAUCCGAUUGGAGGACUAUGCCACACACUUGCCAUCAAGGAAACAAGAGCAAGGACAAAGACAGAGAGCGCGAAAGCAAGGACAGACAUAGGAGAGCCAAAGAGGCAGAGCGAGAGCAACAGUACGAGCUCUACCAGUCACAGCGGCCUCCAAAGCUAGCAAAGGAUCCAUACCUGAUUGAACAGGUGUUCUCAUCCCAUCCGAUCAGCCCCUCCGUCAAAGCCCAUGUGAAAGGAAACCUGCUGUACACAGACCCAAGAUCCACCUCCUUAGCGGAUGCCAAGCGCAGCCAGGCAUCUUGGACCAUGAAGGAGUACAGAUGCAAUCUAGGAGAAAAGGGAAACCCACUUACAGCUCUGGACUUGCAGACCCAGGAGUCCCUCAACCCUAACAACCUGGAGUUCUGGAUGGAAGACGUCUACAUGCCAGGCUACAACUCGCUGCUGAAGAAAAAAGAGGCAGAAUUCAGGAGGGCCAAAGCGUGUAAAAUCGGAGCGCUGAUAGCAGCUGCCACCUGCACGGUCAUCCUGGUCAUUGUGGUUCCGAUUUGCACCAUGACAUCUUAAAGAGAACAGGGAAUUCAUAUUGGAUGUACUUACACGCACUUACUCUGUCCAUUUCUUUCUUUGAAUGGGACACAUGUUGUCUAAUGCAUCAUAUCACAGCGCUGGAGCCGUGCGUUGGGAUUUGAACAUUUAGUUACCUCUGUUGGUCUGAUGCCAAUGUAAAGAUUAAUAGAAUAGCUAUUGUACUUGAUCAGCGAGUAUGUAUUAUAUACUAUAUAUCUAUCAGUGAAGCGGUUUCAGUUGAACAAACUCAUGAUAUAAAAGUUUUGGGGACAGUUCACUGGUUGACCAAUGACUUAAGUGAAUACACAGCUAAAAGACUUGUUAUAGUGACCGUGUGUUAAGGUACAGUAUUGUACUAUGUAUAUUAUUUUUGGUAUUUUGAUCAAAGUUAUUUUUGAUGAUAUAUAUGAAUGUGAACUUUCUCCAUAACUAGCAUUUUAAAUGAUUGAAUUUGUGCUCCAUGUUUCUCUGAACACUUGGUAAAAGAGAUACAGUUGCACACAGAAAGCAGACAAAUUGUGACUGUCUAGUCUCAGUGAAUGUAUUAAUCAUAUAAGCUUGCUCGCUUGAAAAAUAAUAACUUUGAAAUUAACUUGACUGUUGUUACCCCCCCCUUUUCCUUUUUCUGAAAUGUCACCAGCCAGCAGGACCUGUCUAAGGAGGCAGCUUCUUUCCACCUACUUUUCAUCCACCUAUUUUCUGGACUCACUUAUUCCAGAUCAGGGUUGCAAGGGGGCUGGAGCUUAUCCCAGCUGCCAGUGGGCAUCGUGCACGGGCUGUGCUGCCGUCACAGGGCCAUACAGAGAUUAUUUUUAGUCGCCGGUCAAUGUAACACAUCUGCCUUUGGCCUGUUGGCCAAGGUCUACCCACAGAGAGCCCAUAAAUGUGAGAGUGUGCAAACUCCACGCAGAAAGAACCAGCCGAGUUUAGAGCGAUGAACCAUGUUGACGUGGUGCUGAUAACCACCACUGUGCAGUCCAGAUGGCACAGAGGCUUUCGUAGUGUUUGCUUUCUUACUCAGAGCUGAAAGUCUUGGAUUGCUGCUGCUAGAGAAUUUUACUGAUAGGACCAAUUUCUUCUAUUUCUGAAACUAACGACAAAAACAAUUCCACACUUUCAGCGUUGGAUUGUCCUGCGUUCAUUUAUUAAACAAAGUUUAAUAGCUGGAGUGACUACUCCUUUAAAUCUUUGCUCAUGCUUUUUAUGCAUGGCUUUUUUUUCUGAAUCACUGCAGAGCCAGAUCCCUGAGUGGUAAACAUCAUCAUUUAAGAAGUCACAUUUGAUGUAUUCCACAAUAUCCUUUUUUUCUUGUUUUACAUACAGUUGCAUUUGUGGUCUUGGUACAAAUUAUAAUUUUAUACAUCUUUUAAAGUAAAUAAUAAACCUGUAUUUAAUCAAAUAGAUAAAAACUAUACCUUCAGCUGAUGAUUUUUCUUUUUUUAAAAUGAAAUCUAAUAGACAUUUCACACGCUGCACCUUUUCCAGUGACAUAAAGUGUC